UUGUUCUCACCUGGUCGUCACUAAUCACCUCCCUUUGUCAGUUAUCAUUUCUUGUUUGUCUUCGGUCAUCGGGCGACCGACAACAUUCCUCACGGUCAUCAAAUAUACUCACCACAAGCGGCUACAGCAAAGGACAGGGCCGAAUUUUUAAACCGUCCACCUCUCACACAAUGCCAAGUGGUAGAAAGAGUGAGGGGAGGGAGUUGAGCAAAUGUGGUCAAUGGUAAGAGGAGGGGGAGGGGAUUGUCAGGAUUUGCAUGUGCGACAUCCUUCAGGCGACAUCGGGGCCAUUGUUGUCAUGGGCGUUCUCUCGUCCCACCAGAUGACCAACACAACUUUGCCUCAGACCUUGCUCUGAUUGUGACUACUUUGAAUAUCAGCUGUCUCUGUUGAAUGAAUUCUAUUAUUCGGACUUAUAUGAGUUGAAGAGCUAUAUUUCUCUAGUCUGGUGAAACAGCUAUGUGCCACACUGACCACACCAAAAGCUUCAACCUGGUCACAAUUGUAGUAUUGGCUGCUGGCGUUUGGAGACCACACUUUGUCGUGGAAGGCCACGGGAGGCUCCUAGAGCCUCCCUCCAGGGCCACCAUGUGGAGACAGGGUUACCCCACACCUGAAAACUAUGACGACAACCAGUUGUUUUGUGGCGGUGUAGGGGUUCAGUACGGUGAAAAUAAAGGAAAAUGCGGUGACCCGUGGAAUGGUCCACGUGAACAUGAAGCUGGCGGGAAAUACGCCAACGGUAUUAUCGUCAGGAGCUACCAAGUCGGUCAAGUGAUUGAUGUCUCCGUGGAGCUGACAGCCAACCACAAAGGCUACUUCGAAUUCCGGCUGUGCCCGACCGAUAACCCUUUUGAGAGGGUGACGCACUCCUGUCUGGCCAAGUACCCGCUCAAAGUAUUGCCCGAACGCGACGUCAGGUACUACGUCCAGGGCGGCGAGGGUUACUAUGGCGCCAGUCAAAAGAUCCACCUGAAAGUUCAACUCCCAAGAAACGUGAAAUGCAGGGCCUGCUUGUUGCAGUGGAAGUACAACGCUGGGAACAGCUGGGGCGUAGACCCAGACGGCACGGGGUGCAUCGGGUGUGGCAAUCAAGAGCAAUUCUACGGCUGCUCAGACAUUGCCAUUGGCCACAGUGACGUAGUCCUGGGCAAACCGGCCGUGAAGCACCCCUGGCUCUUCCAAGAAGAAACAGACGUGGAGUGGCAUUUCGGCAUUGUCAAAUACAAUAAUAAAACUACUGAGGAGCCGCCGCCCUCUAGCUCUCCCAUAUUCUACACCUCCAACUGUUGUGUUGCUGUCAUGGUAUUUCACUUGAUGGCACUUUUUCUGUCACUGCCUGCGAUGUUCUAAACUACAGACUUGGUUUCUUGUGUGUGCAAUGGUCACUGGUGCUUAACAGCAUGUAUUAUAAGACUAUUGUUAAAUAGUAUUAACAGCAAUGUAUGAAAUGGAGUUUUUUUAUUCUGUGUAUGUUGCUCACCUUUCUCAUCUCGCGUAGUGUAAAUACAACCCAAAACUAGUAGGCAACAGAUUCUCUCUUUCCCCUUUUUUCAAGUAGUCAUUGAAUAGACUUUGAACUUUCUCUAUCCCAUAUUUUUACUAACCUAUUUCUAUUCUUCUGUAGAGGAGAUCUCCGCGUUAUUUUAAUUUUCAUCAUCCCAGGAUCACUCGUAGCCUAAGUUGAGAAUCGCUGUAAUAGUUUAUAUGCUUGCAAAUCUUGAGCGCUAACUGCAGAACUAAAGAGAAUGAUCCUAACAAUGGAAUUGAGAUGUUUAGGUAGACCACAUCACAAACGAAGAGAUUAGAAACAUGAUCACAACAGACAAUAGGGCCCCGCGAUGACUUGCUAACCACUGUCAAAUAUCGCAAACUAAAACUUUAUGACCAUACCUCAAGACCCUCAUUGAUUACAAAUACCAUUCCGCAUUGAACCUGGAGAAAGAAGAAGAUGCAGACAGAAAGCGAUGGGAAACAAUAGAUUUAACGGGCCUGUCGUUGAAAGCGAUUCUAUCCAAGGCCAAAGACAGAGAGGGUGUAGAGAGACGUUCAACAGAUCAUGCUUGAUGUUUUUUGGAUUUCGUCUCCAGUUUCUAGUACUUUGUCCCUAAUUCUGAUUGUAACAUUUCAACAGAUCUUUCACUUCCUGGACAACGCCAUCUUCACAGAAAACAUUAUUGGAAAAUCAAUAUCCAAAGUGUAAUUAGCUGUUAUCAGAAUCCAAAGUGCUGGAGCCACAGAAAUGAUGAAGCAGACUUCAAUGUUGAAUAAAAUAGCCUAAUAAAGAGACAUGUGUAAACUCUAUUCAUCACUGGGAAACCUGUACAGAUCGGUUGAAUGUUGUUAAAAUCUUAUCAGUGAAUAUUUUUAGUGAAUACAAAUUUAUUUUCAACCACAUUUUGAAACAUUACAAUGACAAGCAAUAAUAUUUUCAACGUUAAAUUUAGAAACACCAGUGAUCUAUAUUAGACUCUAAACAAAAAAUUUAAGUUUCUAGAAUAGCAGUCAUAAAAUUUAAGUCUUUAAAAUCUUUAGGGGCCUCUGCAUUUUGCGUAAUAUUUAAUUUUUAUUCUGAAAAACACUCACUUGGGGCCCCCUCAAGUGGGGGCUUGGGUGAUUUUCAAAUUCUCCCCCUCCCCCCCCCCCCCACCCUAGCUACGCCACUGCCCAGUACUGCAUGUGGUUCUUUAGUCUAGUAUCUGUUUUAGUUUACGUUUUUGUCCAACUUUUCUCAGGAAUCUCGUUCAACUUUUAACCUUUACAGAAUCUCGUUCAACUUUUAACCUUUGCAGAAUCUCGUUCAACUUUUAACCUUUGCAGAAUCUCGUUCAACUUUUAACCUUUGCAGAAUCUCGUUCAACUUUUAACCUUUGCAGAAUCUCGUUCAACUUUUACCCUUUGCAGAAUCUCGUUCAACUUUUACCCUUUGCAGAAUCUCGUUCAACUUUUAACCUUUGCAGAAUCUCGUUCAACUUUUAACCUUUGCAGAAUCUCGUUCAACUUUUAACCUUUGCAGAAUUUCGUUCAACUUUUAACCUUUGCAGAAUCUCGUUCAACUUUUAACCUUUGCAGAAUCUCGUUCAACUUUUACCCUUUGCAGAAUCACGUUCAACUUUUAACCUUUGCAGAAUCUCGUUCAACUGUUAACCUUUGCAGAAUCUCGUUCAACUUUUAACCUUUGCAGAAUGUCGUUUUAUUGUAUAUUUCUAAAAGUGUCUAUUAAUGAUGUGACCUAAAAUAGUAAGUAACAGUUUGAAACAAAGUAAAAUAGAAACAUAUGAUUUCUACUAUAGGUUGAAGAAAAUCAAAUGCAGCUAAGUGCAUGAUCAAAUUGUUAAAUCGAAGAGCUUAUAAUUAAUUAUAGACUUCUCUUGAAAAAAAAAAUCGUAGUUUCUGGCCUCCGAGACGAUAUACAAAUUAAACUAAGCUGUCCUCACCUACCAAUCAGACAUGUCCGUAUUAAGUAACUUGCGUUUUCAUUAUUGGUGUAGAUAAAUAUUUGCCAUAUAUGUUUUUAAAAAAAGUAAAAGAAGUGCCAUAACCAUCCCUGCAUAUUGUGUGUAAAUCUGACACUUUUCACGUCAUUUCCUAUCAUUUAGUGGCACGUCUGCAAGAAAUGUUGUCAUUGCAUCCGCGUCCUCAGCGUUGCCACCUUAUAUUUUAUUAUAAACAUCCGUUGCAGAGAUUAGUUCAGAAUUGUGUGUGCUUUAGCUUUCAGAAACGCAACGUUUUGAAACGUUUCAAUGUUAAUUUUUGUUUUGAAACUUUGGUGGACUUAAUUCAAUAAUUAAUUAUGCAAAAUUAAAAAAAAACAAUAGUCUGUAAAUAUUUUAUCUCUAGUAUUUUUUUUCUUUUUUAGGCUUCAUUACGCUUAUUAAAUAUAUAUAUAUUUGCCUUUGUAAAUAUAUAUAUAUAUUUGCCUUUGUAAAAAGUAAAAAGGGAUUAUGUCU